UGCGUAAACGAAGCCUCUGUCAUCACAGUUCCUCUAGAUUUAUUUUUUGUGAACCCCCAACCUUAAAGUUCAAACUGCACCUAUGCCUAUCGGCGCCGAUUAAUCGGCCAAACCAAUCAAUCUCCCUGUAGUAUACACUGUAUAUUGGGAAUUUAAAUGAUCUCCAGACUUCCAACACUGACUAUUUGUUUAUAAAUAAAGUUUUUCAUUUUGUUUUUAUUACAAUUUUUUAUUUCUCUGCACAGCACAAAUAAAUAACAAUAUUGUUUAGAAAAUGCCAUCCAAUUCACACUCAUACAUGCUCCUUCUGCAGGUGUGUUUAUACUUCCUUGUGUGUGUGUGUGUGUGUGCUGCAGAAACACACAGAGUGCAUUUACCAAAUUCCAGUUUGGAGGAGUGACACUUAUUGGACAAAAAAUAGAUUAAAACAGACCAGAUAAAUACAGGCUGGAAACUCCGAGGGCACAAAUGGCCAACAAGGAGUGUGACCUGAAAAGCGAAAGUAAAAUAGUUUCUGUGUGUGUGUUAAUGUGUGCGUCUGUGUGUAUUGGAGUGUGCGUGUGUGUGCGCGUGUGUCUGCGUGUGUGUGUGUGUGUGUCUGUGUGUUAGCCCCGCCCACCGCCUCUCUCUCCUCCGUGACGUAGCAGGCAGUAUGUCGCCAAUAGCCUUCAGUUGUAGAAAUGGCAGCGCUGAGACAGGAGCAUCGGUAUGGGCUCUCCUGUGGCCAAAUCAACAAAAACACCCCGAAUCAAACUCUGUAUCACGUCAAACUCACCGACACUGCCAUCCGGACCCUGGAAGCCUACCAGAACCUGAAGGCAUCACUAUCAAAUCAGCCAGCGAUUUGCUUCAAGGGGAGCCAGGGGUACGUAAAGAUCCCAGCGCCAACUCCUGAAUCUCCCAAUGGAUUCAGAGUCUUCUCCUUCUACCUUUCCAGCGACAGCAAAGACAAGCCUCAGUCCAGCUUCGACUGCAUUCACCAGUAUGUCUCAGGGGAGGGCAGGGAUCACCUGGAGGGCCAGGGCAGCAUUCAGGACAAGAUCACAGUUUGUGCCACAGACGACUCCUACCAGACGACCCGGGAGCGCAUGUCUCAGGUGGAGAAGGACAUCUGGAGCCGCUCGGCAAUUGAGAUCAAGCCGGGGCCAAGUAAGUAUGGGAAGGUCCAGAGGAAGCAGGGUCUGGUAUCAGGCCCGGAUAGCAGCAACAAGCACUCCCCCAGCAAUAAGAGGAGCCUGGUCCCCAGCCCUGUGGCACACCGGCCCUUGAGGGAUCGCAUCAUUCAUCUCCUGGCCUUAAAGACCUACAGGAAACCUGAGCUGCUACUGUGGUUGGAGAGGGAGCGGGCCAGUCCAAAGGACAAGGCUGACCUGACCUCAGUACUGGAUGAGGUUGGUAAACUGAACCCUAAAGACCACAGCUACUCUCUGAAGGAUGAGCUCUACAGACACGUCCAGAAAGACUGGCCUGGAUAUCUAGAGGAGGAGAAGCAACUCAUCCAUAGGCUCCUGAUCAGGAAACUUCAGCCGCUGCACAGUAGCCAGUUGAAGAGUCCCCAGUCCAACCAUUCAUUCCACAAAACUCCCGGGGACUCUCCUUCACAUCUCAGUCCUGCCAAGAAUCUCUCCGUGAAACGCACAUUGCCUUCGGACCCAUCCAAUUGUCAGACACCCAAAAAACAAAGACUAUUAGACCAGUGUUUGCCUCUGCAGUCGCCAGCUCACGGAGACUACGGCACCAACGGGGUCUGUAGCUCUUCUGGUCACGGAAACUCUAGAGUACAGAUCAAACUGGACUUCGACAAAACCAACAAUCAUCUCCAGGGGAGCCCAAACGGUCUGUACUCGCCACACAAACUCAGCGGGUCAUCUACUAUUCCCAAACUGGAGAGGACGGAGCCGGCUCCUACUGUAACCAGCCCUAAACCCCCACACACCAACACAUCCAUUUGCACUGACCAACAGCUCACCAACGGCCAACACAAAAAGAAGAGGUCCAAAAAGCACAAAGACAAAGAACGAGAGCGCUUAAAACCAGACUGGAUUGAGACGAGUCCAGACUUGAAGCAGAACCAAGAAAAUCUCAAAGGCCAUGACGGAGAGAAAACACCUGUCAAUCGAACCUCAGCAGAGGAACUGCCUGACUAUUUAAUAAAAUACAGCACGAUAACAGCACUGGAGCAGCGCCAAGAGUAUAAGGACGACUUCUGUGCAGAGUACGAUGAAUACAGAGCUCUUCAUGAUCGGAUCGGGGCUAUCACAGAGAUGUUUGUUCAGUUGGGUUCAAAGAUCAACACUCUCUCCCCGGGAACACAAGAGUACAAGCUUAUGGAGGACCAAAUACUACAAAAGUACCGAAAGUAUAAAAAAAAGUUUCCUGGGUAUCGGGAAGAGAAGAAGCGAUGCGAGUACCUCCAUCAGAAACUGUCACAUAUCAAAGGCCUGAUCACAGAUUAUGACCGAGCACAGGGACUCUCCUAGUUCUACCCUCAGCAGGGUGUAAUAUGACUGGACCAAAAGACUCCUAAUGGACCCAAAGACUGCCCAGCCGGGUCCUGGAGUCGCUGAGACACUAUUCACUUUACUCCUCCGAGUGUUAAUGGAAUCGAGGAGCGAGGUUCUUUUUCAAAAGUGGGCCGAGACCACCGACUCGUGAUCAAAUGUUGCCCUUUAACAUUAUGGUUUUCAACUAUGAUUAUCGCUGUAAUGGCUGGAUUCUGUUCUGCUGUAAAAGUGAAAGCCAAAUCCAUUUUUUUCUGAAUAGCAAUGCAGAUGUGAUCCUUCCUGCUUAAUUGCAUUUUUUAUUCUAUUCUUUAUCUUGUCAGAACUAAAAAAAAAGAGUAUUAAAUUGAUGGUACAAUCAAUCUUAGGGGGAAACAAAUGCAACUAAAAAGUCUUUAUAUUUAACAUACAGAAGAAUCUGUUUAUUUGCUGACAGAAAGUCGACACAUUCAAUCACAUCAAUUAUUCAUUAUUACAGUUAUAAGAUCUCAUUAUGACAAUAAUAAGGUCACACCAUUAACAAUUUAUCUCCCGUCAGACCUAAUGCAAACAAAACGUUAUCGUCCAUACAAAACCUACAAGUUGUAUCACUAAAAUGAACACAAAAUGAAGUUUAAAGCAUUAUAUGCAAGAUUCUUUAUGCUUUGAUCAUAUGGAAUUUUAUCAUGUAGCUUUCUGCCAACGUCCUGUGUCAUUUCUAAGAAAUGCUGGAAUGCCACAAAACCACUCCUCCCAGUACCUGAAUGCUGGUUUCACGAUGGUGCUUGUGCACAUCUAGUGUCAACAUCACCCACAUGUAGCCUACCACGAUCUGCCUUUGCAUUAUCAACUUUCUCAAGUCUUCUGGUUACAGGUUUGUUUACUGAUACACAGCACACACAGUGAUGUAUUUACGCUGGAGAUGAAUGACUACAAGCUCUAUGAAAUCUGGGUAAUCAAGCUUGUCCACACAUUUUUUGAUUAACUAUGAUUUUGCUUUGGUGGAAAUCUUGAGAUAGAUCGCAAUAGAGAUGCCUUUAACAAAUUGGACCAUGUCAUUUUUAGUCCCACGUGUACAGCAGCAUGCGGUCACUCAGUUCAUACCACUUUGGUUCAGUUGGGUGUAAGGAGCAGAUUGACCUCUAGAGGCUGCUAGCAGGUCUUUUAAACUCAUUUUAGACUUUCUGGAAUGAUUUGUCCCAACAUAGGUACAUCUGAAUAACCACAAACUGUAAUUUUAUUUCACCUUAUAAAUAGCUGUAGCCUGAAGUAGGAAGUUCAGAUUUCAGUGUUCUCUGGACGUUUGCAUCAAUGUAGCUGUACUCACAACUCUUGUCUUAAUGAUGGCUUUAACUGGGAGAAUGAAGCUAAUAUUUGCCUUAACAUGUAUGUCAGACAUUUCCAACAUUAUUCCAUCCCUGUUCUAAAAUGUUCUCGGUUUAACCUGCACAGUUCAGACUUUCUUUUCUGUAAAUGUCUUUUAGAUUGAAGGAACUUCAGUUACUGGAUAGUUGUUACUGGAUAGCUGUUGUCUUAUCGUGUUGUUUUUUUCAUGUACGUCUUAAUCAUUUUUUCUGUUUCUGUCAGAUAAUCAUGAACUGUAAAGGUAUAUAAUUCACUGUCCAAUCCUAUCAAGCACCACUAUCAAAAGAAAGAAUCAUUGCAGAAAUCUAUACAAAAUAAUGUGCUUUGCUUCUCUUGAUUUCUCAAUGGAAAUACUCAGUGGGUUUAUUGUUACAUAUUUAGCAGCUCUUUUGCAUAAGUUAAAUGUACGUUUUUUUUUUGUUUUUACAUUUGGUAGGUUACUUCUGGUAUGUUUGAAGGAUUUGAGACUAGCAACAGUUGCUCUGUCUUGGCACAUAUGAACAUUUCCAAGAAAGGAAUAUUUAUUAGCACUGACUAUUGGAAAAAUGAGAAUUGUAAGCCCAGAUUUUGAGCAUCAAAGCUAAAAAUGCUGGAUUCUUAAAGCUCCGGUACACCUACAGAAACAUUUUUCUUUAUUUCGGCUGUUCGGAUCUCUUCUCAGAACCAGACCUCAAACUAUUUUAUGUUUCUUUUGUCAAUAUGCAUUUUGAUGAGCUCAGCAAAUGUGCCAUAUAGCUCCACCCAGCUUGAGAAAAAUGUCUGAUCAGUCAAACUGACUGAAAGGUUUUGUUCUGGUACUGGAUCUGGAUAUCAACGAGGCACGGUCCAAUUGUAUUAAAAAAGAAGAGCACAAUGCAUGCUCAGAUAUAAUUUGUGUUUCAUUGAAUUUCUAAUUCAAAACAGAAAGGUACUGAAACAGUGUUUCAAUGAUGGUGGGAUGGAAACGUCCAUAACACCAUUUAGACCUUAAAGGUAAUAAUUACAGAACUAAUUCAAGUUAAGGGCUUCCCAUUUACCACUUCAAUAGUAUUGGUCAAUUGUACAAUACUUGUGUAAUCAAACUAAUUGCAUUAUGGGCAAAAUAUCAGUCUAAGAAUGGAGAUAAUCGUACCAUUCAGGUUAACAUGCUGUUUUGGGUAAACCAGACCCUCUCAAGUGCUAACUGUGAUGUUUUUUACUGUUGCAGAGCUAACUACUGAUGGUGCCUUUUCAUUCAAAGAGCAGAGCCACUCUGCAUGUAUCCAUCAUUGGUAUUCUGGGAAAAAAAAAAACUUGGGCCAGCAGUAUUUAUACAUCUGUAGUUUCACACUGUUGCCACUGUUCAAAGUGCUUUGUUCAUAUUUGUUUUAGAUUAAGUUGAUAUCAGAUGCCUUGUCAAAUGUAUAUGUUAGUGUAUUAGCACUGACAUUUUUCCAGACAUGAAAAUUCGGCAUUUUAAAAAUGCAAGAUUUUCCAAGACACCAAUUAUACUGUAUCUAAUGUCAGCAAUUUGCAUACAUGUAUAAAAAUGGCCUGGAUUUUCUUUUUCCAGCCCAUCUAACUAUUCCCACAAAUGUAAUACUGGUGCGUUAAAUUUGGUUUGUUGGUACUGGAAAAACAAUGCCUCAAUGGAAAUGUGAAAUCAAACAUGUUGCCUAUUAUGAAUCACUGCGAUUGAUCUACCUAGGAGAACAAAUUACUUUUAUUUAUUGCUUUGUAUGUGUUUGUCCUUUUAUGGGAUUCAUCUUUGCAUCGUUUGUUCAUUCUUUUCACAGCAAAACUCAAAGUAUGGUGAAAGGGAAAUGGAAUAUAUUUUUGCAAUUUUUGAUGGUGGAUGCUUUAUCACGAUGUCAUCCCCUUGAGAAAAGCUUUCAGAAAAAAAGUGUAUUGUUGUCUCAGUAUAAAUGAAAAAUAAAAGCUCUUUUGAAUUCAA